UCCCAGGAAGUUUAUGAUAUUGCCUUUUAUUUUUUCUCUUUGCCAGUGUGAUCUGUCCCCUUGGGCAGUGAGCCGGGACCAGAUUGACCGUUUCAGUAAAGAGAAUGGUUUCACAGGUUGGACAGAAACAUCAGUCAAGGAGAACAAAAAUAUUAAUGAGGCUAUGAGAGUCCUCAUUGAAAAGAUGAUGAGAAAUUCCAGAGAAGAUAUCAUGUCUUUGUCCACCCAAGGGGACUACAUCAAUCUACAAACCAAGUCCUCCAGCUGGUCCUGCUGCUAGUAGUGUUUGGCUUGUUUUCCAUCCCAGUUCUGGGAGGUCUUUUAAGUCUCUUCCCUUUGGUUUUCCACCUGACAGUUUUAAGUACAUUUGAAUUGUCUCCUGACUACUGUCCAGUAAGGAGGCCCAUUGUCACUUAGAAAAGACACCUGGGACCUGUGUGCAUUUCUGCAUCUCCUGGAUUAGCCUUUGACAUGUUGCUGGCUCAUGUUAGUGCCAGUUAGUGCCUUCUGUGUAAGAUCAUCUCAUCAGCCCUCGAUUUGUGAUUCGGAAUUUUGUGAGAAGGAUUAGAAAUCAGCACCUGCGUUCUAGAGAUGAUUCUCACCUACUUUUGAGCUUAUUUUUCCAUUUGAUAUUCAUUGAUAUCAUGACCUCCAAUUGAGAGGAAAAUGAGAUCAAAUGUCAUUCCCCAAAUUUCUUGUGGGCCAUUGUUUCAGAUUCUUUCUGUCUUGGAAUGUAAACAUCUGAUUCUGGAAUGCAGAAGGAGGGGGUCUGGACAUCUACGGAUUUUUGGCUAUUAGAAGUGACCCAGAAGUCACUGUAUUUUUGAAACUUCUAAAGUCAUAAUUAAGUUUCUCUUGUCUUGGCAUCAAGAAUAGUCAAGUUUUUUGGCUGGACAUGGUGGCUCAUGCCUGUAAUCCUAGCAUUUGGGGAGGCCAAGACAGACAGAUCACUUGAGGCCAGGAGUUCGAGACCAGCCUGGCCAGCAUGGCAAAACCCCAUCUCUACUAAAAGUACAAAAAUUAGCUGGGCGUGAUGGCACGUGUCUGUAAUCCCUGUAGCUACUCUGGAGACUGAGGUGGGAGAAUUGUUUGAGACUGGGAGACAGAGGUUGCAGUGAACCGAGAUCAUGCCACUGCACUUCAGCCUGGGUGACAGAGCAAGAUUCCAUCUCAAAAAAAAAAAAAGUCGUUUUUAAACUACCUAUUUCAUGCAAUGAGAGCAUUUUCUUCCACAAAGAGCUUAAUCCUCAUGAUAGGGUUGUCUAGUGUCUCCGAUUUGCAGGUUUCUGGGUUGAUGUCUUAAUGCAUAAUACUGCAAAUGGCAUCAGUUGGCUGUGAUGCUUCGAAAUAGGUCUGCUCCUCACAGCUUUGGGAAUCUAAAUGGAAGAAGAAAAGGGAGAAGUUAACAGCCUCCACUGGGGCAAGUUUGUGAGCACAUAGGCACUUAGUCAUAGGAAACAUAUUACAUGCAGGCCCUAGCCUGGGGGAGGAAAGUGGAUAGACAGAAAAUCAUUAGGUAAUUUAAGUACUAAAUUGGGCAGGGCUUUUUAGUAUCAAAUCACUACUAGACUGUUUAAUUUGUUAAAUUCUCUCUAGGAUGGUGGCUUAUAACCUAACCAAAGUUAUCGAUAUUCUUGGUAAACUCAGAGGCCUGAAGUUCUUUGAUAGACCUGAAAUAAGUGUGCUAAGUCAGUGGUUCCCAAGUCUGGCUGAUCAGGAAUACCUGGGAAGUUUGUUAAAAUUUUUUUAAAUGUUUUAAGAUGGGUCCUGAGCCACAUGUGGCAGCUCACGCCUGUAAUCCCAGCACUUUGGGAGGCUGAGGCAGGCGGAUUGCCUGAGGUCAGGAGUUCAAGACCAACCUGGCCAACAUACUGAAACCCCAUCUCUACUAAAAA